UGCUCUAACUUUGCUUUGCUUGCUCUAACUGUCUUUCCUCUUGUUGUUGUGUUCUUUCUCUGCUUGAUCAGCGUCAGAAGGCAUGGCGUUCGUCAGAUCACGCGCAAAUGCUUCCUCUGGAAUCGGCGUUGCAGCCGAGUGCAGGCAGACAUUCCUGGAGCUUCAGAGGAAGAAAGCACACCGGUACGUCGUCUUCAAGAUCGACGACAAGGGCAAGGAGGUCGUCGUCGACAAGGCGGGCGCGGCCACCGAGAGCUUCGACGAUUUCAUCGACUCGCUCCCCGAAGCCGACUGCCGCUACGCCAUCUACGAUUUCGACUUCGUCACCCAGGAGAACUGCCAGAAGAGCAAGAUCUUCUUCGUCGCAUGGUCGCCUUCGGUUUCUCGCAUACGUGCCAAGAUGCUGUAUGCUACAUCCAAGGAACGGUUCAGGCGCGAGCUGGAUGGUGUGCACUACGAGAUUCAGGCAACUGAUCCCUCGGAGCUGGACAUAGACGUCCUCAGAGACCGUGCUCAUUGACCAAUUAAAUCAGCCGCUACGAAAUCAUCAUCGUCAAUUCGUCAUCAUGCUGCGUUCUGGAGAGCGUCAUGCUGAAACUAAUAAUGUCUCGGAUGGAUGAUAUGCAUAUAUGUAUACUGAAAUUUACACACUGCUGAAGUUGUUCUGCUUCAGCUAUGUAAUUUAGCUUCAUGCAGGUUGCAGUGAUAUACAUACACAGCUUCCGUUCACUGUAAAA